CCACUCCUCUCUCUCUCUCUCUCUCUCGCUUGCUCUCCCUUUCCAUCAACCCCCCUUCCCGACUCCGUUACUCUCUGACUGGCUUCAGAUACUUUUCAAAAGCCAAAGCCAGUCCUUCAACUAUCCACCACGCUUUAAUUCCUUCUUCGAAGCCGUCUCAUCCCGGGAUGAAUUAACAAUUAUCAUCAAUAGCUCUAUAUCUACUGUCUAUCAAUCCAUUUAAAACACAUAUUCAAACACCUACCUUAACUAGCUACAUGUCUAUAACAAUAAUUAGCCUCUUCACGUCUAUAUAUUUACCUAUAUAAGCUUCUUGGAGCCCAACACAACAACAUAUACACUAGGAUAUAUUAUAUAUAAUAUAAUAUAAUAUAGUAUAAUAUCUGUGUAUAUUAUUUAUAGGUGUGUCAGCUAAUUUUCUGGCUGUUUCUAUCGUUUAUUUUUCCCCUUUUCUGUAAAUACACAAGAAAAAACGAAAUGACAGAAAAUUAGAAUUCACAACACAGGUCCACAUUUAUUGCCCACUUUCACAACGGUAUACGCAACCACAUUUCAUAGCACAGACACAUACAUACGCAGUAUUGUACAUACAUGCAUACACACGCACUAUAACACUUCAAUAAUACACACACACACUUUUAUACGCAUAUAUACAUACAUAUAUACACGUAUACACACACACACACACACACACUUAUACAUAGCUUUCUACACACACUUUUAUACGCAUAUAUAUACGUACAUAUAUACACGUAUAUACACAUACACGCACACCCAAGCGCGCAAACAGCUAUGGACGAACAGCUGGUGUGUCAACGAAGAACGGGUGAUGCGGAUGACGACGAGGAAUCGAAACCGUCCCCCCAGGACCCCGUUAUCAAGAAUUGUCUGGAAGACUGGAACGAUUUGGAAGAGGAAUAUGUCGAGCUGGAGAGUCUUCAUCGCACAUAUCAGAAAAAGCUCACCGAGAUGGUCAGCCUACAAGACAAGUGCCUCAAACAAAUUGCCCAUCACAGAUAUCGGAUGAAAACAAUUCAGGAAAGUUUAAAACGAAACACAAAAGACUUAUCUGCGGAAGACAAAUCGGAGAUGAAGUCCCUUCAACAGAAACUCUUAGAUAGAAAGGAAGCCUUCCGUGAACUUGAAGAGUGUUUGCCUCAUCAAAACGGGUUGUACUUGAGUGUCAUUCUGGGCCAAGUCAACGUAUCGCUGCUCAACAAAGGAGACAAAUUCCAAUACAAAAGGGAGUAUGAGAGAUUCAAACUAGUGGUCAGUUAUAUCGUAAUGUGUCUGUCUUUUGUGCAGACGUUUUUUGGAAGUUACAGAUGGGUAGAUGCAGUCCUUCACUUUCUCCUCGUCUGGUAUUAUUGUACGUUGACCAUCAGAGAGAGUAUUCUUGUCGUGAAUGGAUCCAGAAUCAAAGGAUGGUGGUUGACUCAUCAUUUCAUUUCAACAGUUUGUGCGGGGAUUUCCUUAAUAUGGCCUGAUGGUUGGUCGUAUCAAGUUUUCCGCACGAGAUAUGUCAUAUUCAUUAUGUACCUUAGUUUUGUAUACGUUAUGCAGUAUUAUUACCAAAACGGUUGUCUCUACCGACUUCGUACACUCGGUAAAAGACAUGGCAUGGACAUCACAGUAGAGGGUUUCAUGUCUUGGAUGUGGAAAGGGUUGGCAUUCCUCCUGCCUCUAUUGUUUUUUGGUUAUAUAUUCCAAAUUUACAAUGCCUAUGUAUUGUGGACCCUCACAUAUGAUCCUCGGUGUACAGAGUGGCAGGUGACUGCCCUGAGUGCGAUUACCUUCGGCCUGGCCGCAGGCAACACACUGACCACCCUGGUUGUCAUUCGGGAUAAACUCAGCAAAGACGGCUUCACCCUGCGCAACUUCCGUCACAAGUACCGCUACAACACUACGGCCGGCGGUCAACCUGCGCAGGCGUCCUCUUCGCCGUCGACCUCGAAGAAAACACAGAAGACCACUACCACCGCUACGGCUGCCACCUCUUCGACCACUUCUGUCCCUCCUUCUACUACUUCUACUACUACUACUACUACUCCUGCUGCAAGCACUACCACUGUUGAUGCGACUACUACUACUACAACUACUACUCCUAUUCCUACUGCUACCCCCACACCUGCUGAUAUUACUACCACCACCACCACUACUACUACAUCUACUACUGCUUCGACCACUACGGCCACUACUCGGCCUUCAUCGUCACAAGAACAGGAGACAUGCGAAGUGAAGUGAAGUGACGUGAUGUGAAGGCCUUGAUGCAUAUCUCCCUACUUUUUUUCUUCUCGAACAACAACAGUAACAACAAUAACAUCAGCAGCAGCAGCAGCAGCAUCGACAAACAGUAACAGCAAUAAUGAUGACGACGACGACAAUGACAACAACACUGUUUGACGGUUUUGUCCGUCAAUCGAGUGAAGAUCUCCACCGCGACCAUCACCACAGACACCAUCGCUACAACGAUCACAGACAAUAUCGACAACAACAUCCCCAAUGAACAAUAGCAUCCAAAAAUUGCAGGGAACAACAAGACGGUGACCACCACCACCAAGAAGAACUGUGUCAAUAAUCAAACAAGAAAUAUAAUAUAAAUAAAAAUUUUAAAAAAAAUAUACAGAAAUAGCUCAGAAAAGAUUGUCAACAAAAUUAUAUGUAAAUAACAAUCAGAACUCCCCCCCGACAACCCUGG